GCUCCAACUUUUCCGACUUAAAGCUGCCGUUCGUGUUACGGAGCGUGAAUGGAGAACGAGGACUCCGAUGAGCCCGAGAGGAAGCGGCAUCAUCUUAACUCAGUGUCUUCCGCCAUGGCUCGGAACUCCACCACUUCGCCACCCAACGACAGAAGCGUUGAUGCGACAGUUCUCCAGCACCAGAACCAGAAACUUCUUCAGCAGAUAGAUGUACAGAAACAUGAGUUGCAUGAGCUUGAGGCAAAAAUUAAGGAAUUAAAAGACAACCAAUGUUCAUAUGAUGAUGUGUUAAUUGUAGUGAACCAACUUUGGAAUCAGUUAGUUGAUGACUUGAUCCUUCUUGGGGUACGAGCUGGGGCAGGCCAGAUUGCUUUAGAAUUUCUGGACCAUGCUGAUCAUUGUCGAGGUUCAGUUCCCUCAUGUCCUGCAGAAGAAAUAUUUCUUUGUAGACUGCUAAAGAGAGAUUCUAUUGAUGUUAAUGGUAAUGAAGAGAUCAUUAAAUAUGUUGAAGAAGCCCUUGCUCUGCGUCAUUCAUCUACUAGUGAGUUGUUGAAACUCCUGGAAGAUACUAUUAAUGAUCAAAGGGUGCAAACGGAAAGCAUUGCUCGGACUUUGCAUGGAAAGCUAUCGUCAGAAGAUGCUAUCAUCCAAUUGUCUAAGAUUGACGAUAUGAUGAAAGAUGAGGCUAUUAAGCUGCGUGAAGCGAUCGGUGUUCUCCACUUGAAGCAUAUAGAAUACAUCGAGAGGAUUCAAACUUACAUAAGCAGCCAAUCCGCAGAUGAAACUGAGAUUAAGCGUCUUGCAGGUGAGCUGGAUGAGUGCAUGACAGAACUUGAAGAGAGUAGAAGAAAAUUAGUCAACCUCCAAAUGCAAAAGGAUGGAGCAUCUUGGAUACCUACUCCAACUCGUGGUACAGUCAAUGGAAACUUGUCGCCGGAAAAGCCUGCAGAUAAGACAAUGGGUUUGCGAGAAUUAAAGGACUCCAUUGAGGAAGCAAAGGUACUGGCUGAAGAUCGUCUUUCUGAGCUUCAAGAUGCACAGGAAGAGAAUCAAGUCUUGUCAAAACAGUUGCAAGAUCUUCAGAAUGAACUGAAAGAUGAAAAAUAUGUACGCACCUCUCGAUUAUACUCUUUGAGAAAUGAUCAACUCCAACAUUGGAAUGCUGAAGUGGAGCGCUACAAAGUAUUGACAGACUCUCUGCAGGCUGACAGGCCUCUCUUCAUGAGAAGGGAGAAGGAGGUGAUUGCAAAAUUAGAAUCCGCAAAUGCUGUGAGGAAUGCCAUUGAUAAUGCUGAAUCUAGGAUAGAAGAGCUAGAGCGUCAGCUGCAGAAGUGUGUUAUUGAAAAAAAUGAUCUUGAGAUAAAAAUGGAAGAAGCUCUGCAGGAUGCAGGUAGAAAGGACAUUAAAUCAGAGUUUCAUGUAAUGUCUUUGGCUUUGUCUAAAGAAAUGGGAAUGAUGAAAGCUCAAUUGAAGCGAUGGAGGGAGACAGCUCAUGAAGCACUGUCCUUACGUGAGGAAGCCCAAUCUCUAAAAGCUCAGCUACAUAGGAAGAACAAUGAAAAGCAGAGCUUAGCAGACAAAUGUGCUGAACAGAUGGCAGGGAUCAAUUCUCUCAAGGAACUGAUUGAGCAGUUGCAGAAGGAAAAACUGGAACUGCAAAUCUUCUUAGACAUGUAUGGACAGGAAAGUUAUGAAAACAGAGAUUUGAUGGAAAUCAAAGAAUCAGAACGCAGAGCUCACUCACAAGCUGAAGUCUUGAGAAAUGCUUUAGAUGAGCAUAGUCUGGAGUUGAGAGUGAAAGCUGCCAAUGAAGCUGAGGCUGCUUGUCAACAAAGGCUUUCUGCUGCUGAAGCUGAAAUAGCUGAUUUGAGGGCUAAAUUGGAUGCUUCUGAGAGGGAUGUUUUGGAGCUUACUGAGGCUAUUCGAAGUAAAGAUGGGGAGGCAGAAGCAUACAUAUCCGAAAUUGAGACCAUUGGUCAAGCAUACGAAGAUAUGCAGACUCAGAACCAACAUCUGUUGCAGCAGCUGACAGAGAGGGACGACUAUAAUAUCAAGCUUGUUUCUGAGAGUGUAAAGACAAAGCAGGCACAGAGUGUUUUACUCUCUGAGAAGCAGGCAUUGGCAAAGCAACUUCAACAAAUUAACGCGUCAGUAGAAUCCUUAAAAAUGAAAAUUUCCUACAGUGAAGAGCAGAUGGAGACUUGUCUGACAGAAGCCAUCAAAUCUACCCAAGAAGAGAGACAUUUUGCAGUCAACCUGGAAAUGGCCAAGUGGGAAUUGGCUGAGGCUGAGAAGGAGUUAAAGUGGCUUAAAUCUGCUGUUGCUUCCUCCGAGAAGGAAUAUGAACAAAUUCAGCAGGAUAGGGACGAUCUCCAAUUUGAAUUGGAGAAUGAAAGAAGCUCGAGGAAAAAGCUUGAAGAAGAGCUUAGGGAAUUGAAUAUCAAAGUUGCCGAUAUGAGUUCUGAAACUGGAGAGGCUGCAAUACAGAAACUCCAAGAUGAAAUCAAAAGCUGCAAGUCUAUUCUUAAGUGUAGUGUGUGUUCGGAUCGUCCAAAGGAGGUUGUAAUCGUGAAGUGCUAUCAUCUUUUCUGCAAUCCAUGCAUCCAAAAGAAUCUAGAGAUCCGCCAUCGGAAAUGUCCUGCAUGUGGGAAUGCGUUUGGUCAGAAUGAUGUUCGGUUUGUAAAGAUAUGAACAUUUGACAUAUUGAAUUAGUUGAAUUAAACCCCUUGUCUUACCGCUUCUUUGUAGCCAAUGGUUCCUUUUGUAAUAUACAUUAGCCUCAAGCUUUUCUAGUUUUAUCACCCAACACAUUUUGUAUCUCAGAAAAAAGAAAAUAAAAAAAUUAAAAUAAAAGUAUUCAAAUCGAGAAAUAGAAAGGAAAUACACAUGGUCAUUUCGAUUGCA